GCCCGACUCUGGGAUUUCGCUGCGAGAGCGGGCUGGGGGGGCCGGGGGCGAGCACUCGGUUUCCCGGCCGCCCCCCGCUCGGGCUUGGCUCCCCCCUCCCCCGCACCUCCCCGGCCCGAGCUCUCGGCGCUUUCACGCUCUCGGAAUCACGACCCCUCCCUGCCAUGUAUCCGCAAGGCAGACAUCCGGCUCCCCAUCAACCCGGGCAGCCGGGAUUUAAAUUCACGGUGGCUGAGUCUUGUGACAGGAUCAAAGACGAAUUCCAGUUCCUGCAAGCUCAAUAUCACAGCCUCAAAGUGGAGUACGACAAGCUGGCGAACGAGAAGACCGAGAUGCAGCGCCAUUACGUGAUGUACUAUGAGAUGUCCUAUGGCUUGAACAUCGAAAUGCACAAGCAGGUAAGUGCUUUUCUUCUCGAAAUCUACCUAGCGGUUAAAAACCUAAUAAAUGGGUUUCUUAUGGCCCCUGCCCUUUGAAAAGGAGCCUCGUCUUCUGUUCCCCCUCCUUCUCCUUGAAGAGCAAAUGGAUCCGGUCUCUGAAAUGCAGGGUCUGAGGCGUUGCUGAUUUCUUGGGCAUGAGUUUUUGGCACCUGAGCUUGUGAAAUUAGUCCUGGUCUUGGAUCUUGGUAUAAAGGAGCAGAGGAAACGUUGUGCCUUCAGGAUCUGCUUUACAAACUCCUGAAACCCAGAGGGGGCUAGCUGGCUGCUUUUAAGUGUUUUAAUAUAAAAUUCUCAAGGGGAAAUGCAGGAGGGGUGUGUGUGUGUGUGUGUGUGUGUGUGCGCGCGCGUGUGCGUGUGUGCGUGCAUGUGUGCCUGCGCGUAACAAUUUGAUGUUCUGCCUUGAUAAGAUUAAAUUUCAAGAGUCUUUAAAGCCAGGCUGAGCUGUCAAAAUUUAAGGGAACAAGUCACUAACUGCUUAAAAAUACGAAGCCAGGAUGAAAUAUAGCCCUCAUGUCUUACGUUUGCGAGGCAGCUUUCUCCUCUCAAUCUUCAUUUGAAGGCAGCCCGGGUCCCCAUUUUACAGAGAAGGAAGCUGAAGCAGAGAGGUGAAGUAACUUGCCCAGGGCUGCCUCGCCAGGACCUCGGAGGUGGCUGGUAGUUGAGCUCAGCUUUGAAAUCCUGAAGUCAAACCAGUUUAGCUAGUGUGGUGGUGUUUAAUGGAUAUGUAAACUACCUCAUAUUGUCACUCUCCUAAUAACAGUAUACCUCAAACCGAGCAAAUACAAACAGCCUUUAUCUCAGUGCAUAUCAGUAACUAGUCCCGGGUGCUAGGCUGGGCUGUGGGAGAGGCCUGUUUGUGUAUUUGUGUUCCAAGGAGAGGCUGUCUGUAAUUUGGCUUGGCCAGCGAUUAGAAGUGACUUGGCACGAAUAAAUGGCGCAGGCCGGUUGUUCUUUUUAACAAUUGGUGUUCUUGAAAUCUCAGAAGACUGUUGACUCAUUCUAGCCUUUGGUGACCGUGACUUGAAUGGAUUUGCUGCCCUAAAUUAACAGUCGUUGACGGGGGUUUAAAAUCUGCUCUUGACGGGGGCAGGGUCUGGGGCAGGUGAGAAGGGCAGGUGACCCUGAAAUGCCUGUCCCUUGCGGCCUGCUCCGGUGGCUUCCUAUAAAGCCUUUUGAAUCUGUGGUUUCCUUUCUGUCCUGGAGGAGCCCCAGUGUUGGGUGAAGGGCAGCCGGAAAGGGGCCUGAGUUUACUGGGCCAUGUGGGAAGCCAGUUUGUGGCUUCCUGAGGGAUUAGCAUAGGAAAGCUACCAAGUUUUCACUUCUUAACCCACAGAAAUCACAAGCAGCCACGGCUUUGUAUAUCGAGAUGUUUCUCUUCGGCAGAAUGGACUGGAGGCAGGUGCUGCCCAACUUUAGGUGGGACUGAAUGCAUGGAGUGGACCUCAGGUGUUCAGGGACCCUUGGGCUGUUAGGCAAGGUGCCACCUUCUCCCUUUCUCCACCUCCUCUUUUUUCUUUUUUUUUUUUUCUUCCCUCGGUGCUUAGUAUCUUGGGUGUGUUUAAAGAGGGUAAUUGCACCCAGGUUUAAAAUUUAUAGCAGCAGUUAUUCUAAGAGCUUCAUAAUUAAGGCGUAAUAUGUCGUUGCAUGUUGAGGUCUGCAUGGGUGGUGUUCCCCGUGUCUGUGAGUGGUUGGUUCUUUGGCACGAGUCCACCUUGGCUGGUGGAGCAAAGGUGUUCCCGGAGUCCUGGGGAGACUCUGAACUCAGGAAGAGUGAACCGCCUUAACGCAUGUGGUGGUGGGGUUUGCACAAAGAGCAGCUGUGUGCAUCUGGGGCUUCUGGCCAUUCCCCAGACAGGGUUCUCAGGGGGAGAAUGCCUGAGGUUUGGCGACACGGUCCCAUUUAAUCCUCUCAGCUGCUAGAGGCAGGCAGACGGAGCGUUUGCACCCUUUGUACAGGCGGGGAAACUGAGGCUUCAGGGAGGCCCGUCGCGCAGGGCUGGGACUCCAGUCCAGGCCUCUGGAUUCUCGAAAUGGGUGCUUUACCCUGCCUGUCAGUCCCCUCUGCCCUACCGCCAGCUCCCCUUUGCUUUCCCAGCACGAAUGAGUGGUGCCUUCUGGUGCCUUCGCCGCCGGGUUUAUGGCAAUCUCUGGAGUUGGGUGAAAUCGCCCGGAGGCUGUGGAGGAACAAAGAGGCAGGGAGGUGAAGAAACUAACCUGCAACCCUGACCUAAUGGGGCUGGCCACUCCCUAGGCUUGCCGGGGUUCUGCAGAAGAAAACCCAGCCACUAAUUGUAGUGUGGGUCUCGGGUGCAUUUGGCGGAUGGUGGUUAGGCCUGAGCAAACAAGUUUAUCAGCUGACCUGUUUAGCGGUUGACUGGUGUUUUAUCUGCACACACCAUCAAGUGACUGGAGCGCUUGAAUUAUUCAUGCAGUGUCCUGCCCUCUAGACUUGACUGUUCGUGUGAUUACAUCUGCCUGGAACAAACAGGCUGGAUUCUUCGUCUUUAAGCUCAGGGGUGGGGGUGGGGACUGUCUGUACCUUAAUGUAAUAGGUGAUCUCCAGAGCUGGCACUUUGGAAAGCGUGGGGGUCCUCCGCCUGCUCGCUCACAUGCACCCCGCCCCCCCUUCACCGCCACCACCACCGCCACCGUUUUUUUUUUUUUUUUUUUUUUUUAAAAAAGGUCUUCUUUGCUGUCUCUGGGGAAAUGCCUAUUAGUUGGGAACCUCCGGGUCUGCCCGAUAGGCCCUGGGUAUUGACAGAGGGCAGCUGCCGAGGUGCGUCCAGCCCGUUUUUUAUUUUACCGAGAGGUUAAGCUCACUGUGGCUGGCUCCUGCUGGCUGUUUCCCUGUAUCCUUCUCGUUCUUCUUUCAAGCUGUCAAAUCCCACAGAAGUAAUAAAUGGUUUCUCCUCCUACGCCUCUGCCUACCUCCCUAAUUAUGGCAAAGCAAAGAUUACAGAAUCACGGGCCUGGCCUGAGCUUUCAAGGGGUCACCCACCUCCUCUAAGCCCCUGCUUCCAGGCAGAAUGUCAAGGGUGAUUCAGGGAGGCGAUGAUGGCUGGCCAGCUCAUUGAUUCCUGUCCUGUCCCUGCCGAGGCUCUCCAGUGCCAACAAAGCCAGCUUCGAAAGGAGCGCCCCAGAGCACCUGUUGGCUGUGGGGUUUGAGGCACGAGAAGCUGGGUCAGCCCGUCUUCACCCUCCCCCGGUGAGCACUGAGGUUUCAAAAGAGAACUUGAGACAUUUGGACUUUGGGGCAGCGCUAUGCCAACCCUUUUUACGGUCACCCUUUUUCUAUAAACCCAGAGGAGCAACCCUUCCUCCAAGUUUCUCUUGGCAUCCUGGAACGGGGGGGGAGCCCUCUGGCUUCUUAUGCAAACCAUUCCAGAUUGCAGAUGAGGAAACUGAGGCCAGGGAGGGGAGCUGAGAUACCCAGUUACCCAGUCCCGCAUUAGUGCUGGGGCUGCUAAUGCAACCUUUUGUCCCGAGCCCAGGUCUCUGUUUAGCAAGACUCAAGAGGUGAGAUGUAUUUGUUUACAAACUGAUAGCACUCUGUGGCUUUAAUUGUCAUUGCCGCUUUCUGCAUUAUGUCAAGAGGCUAAGGCAACGCCUGCGAACCUGGCUAUACCAAAGUACAAAGUACCCCAUUUCGGGUUGUAUAACCAUAUCAGCUGGAUGCUUUUUGCCCACCGUCCUCUUCUGAAUUGCCAGCUAUUUGCACAUCUAAUGAUUUGAUGUGCGUAAUAAUAAACACAGUGCGGAACUAGCGACCCCAGAGGUCAGGUUCAUGGGUGAGGUAAAGUGGUAAGGCCUGUGACCUUUUUACCCAAGGAUACAGAAAGCCACGGCGGCUGUGGCCGCCGUGAACGCGGGGCUGAAGAAGGAUAUGGGAGAUCUCUGUUUGUCCCCUCCCCUCUCAUCACCCAAGUAAUUAGGGGCUUGGCUGGAAGAUGUCCAGGUACAAGUUGAAGUUUGGGGACCAUCAGUGUUGAAGGCCGGGUGGCCAGAGGGAGCCAGCAGGUGGCGAGGUUACAAAGACCCUGCCCAGGAGUGCCUGUUUGUGGGGUGCGUCUGGGUUGAGCUAAGAAGAGUUCCGGAGU